AGGGUUCCGUUUGUGGAACUCACAAUUCUCCAGGAACGAAGCUUAAAUAUUUUAAGCAUUGGAAGUGGAAAUGGGCAGACCGAUUUGUCUUUCCUAAGAGUGAUCAAGGAAGAAUUGAUAAAGACAGACCUCGGGCACAAUGCGAAGAUCUUCAACCGAGCCAUUGAACCUAACCUAUGUUCGUGUGGCCUGUACAAAGCAGCCAUUGAAAAUUUGCCAAGUCCGCUAGACGAUGGGAAAACGGCUUUUGACAUCUGUCAGCAGUCCUUUGAAGAGUAUCAACAAAGCCACAGAGAACCCCUCAGUUUCGACAUCAUACAUUUCAUACACAGCAUAUAUUUUGUAGACAUCGAGAAAGCUCUACUGCAUUGUUUUGAAAAAGAACUCAGCAGUAAAGGAAAAAUAAUCUGUAUCGCGUCCAGGCGAGAUCUCAUUUGUAACGUUGCGUCAAAACUGCAGCAAAAACUGCAGUGGCAUGUGGGCAGUGAGAUUUACGACGUAGUUGAUAAAAUGAUCCAGAUUGCCGACAAAAACGGAUGGAAGAUUGAGGUUCAUGACCAGGAAUAUUCAAUUGAUGUCACCGAGGUCUUUGAUCCGCAUUCAAUCGAAGGAAAUCUGCUACUCGACUUCUUGACGCAAACACAAAAUUUUCGUAAUACUGAGGACAAAGAGUUUGUUGAAGAAACGUUGUCAUUUAUCAGAGAUCUGACUUUUGUCAAAGACGGAAAAUUGUUUGGAGAAAAGAAAGAAUCUUUGGUGGUCAUCUCUAACUAG